GCGCCCGGGGCGGGAGCACAAACCGCGGUCCCGCCCCAUCCCUCCCGCGCCCUCCCGCAGCCGGGAAGCGAGCCGGGCGGCCCGCGGGCGGCCGCCGCGUCUGCUAAACCCAGCAGCCGAGGUUCCGCGCCUGUCUGCGGCACGCUGCAGGCAUGGCGGCACGGAGGAGUGCCGCGCACGAGCGGGAUCGGGAGCGGCCUCGCGCCCCCGCCACAGGAAAUGACCAAGUUCACUCCUGGACACUAGUCACCAGCCAAGCCUUAGAUACAGCGUGGAGGGUAGCAAAAGGAUCCGUGACACUGGCUGUUUCACUUCUGGUGGCCACCCUCUACUACUUCAGAAGGCUGCAUGUAUAUUUAGGGCACCGGUUGAAAUGGUGGAUUGGAUAUCUACAGAGAAAAUUCAAAAGGAACCUCAGCGUGGAGGCGGAAGUUGAUUUACUCAGUUAUUGUGCAAGAGAAUGGAAAGGAGAGACACCCCGUGCCAAGCUGAUGAGGAAGGCUUACGAGGAGCUGUUUUGGCGGCGUCAUAUUAAAUGUGUUCGACAAGUAAGGAGAGAUAACUAUGAUGCACUAAGGUCGGUGCUAUUUCAGAUCUUCAGCCAGGGCCUCUCUUUUCCAUCCUGGAUGAAAGAAAAAGAUAUUGUGAAGCUUCCUGAAAAACUGCUCUUUUCACAAGGUUGUAAUUGGAUCCAGCAAUACAGUUUUGGUCCUGAGAAGUAUACAGGUUCGAAUGUGUUUGGAAAACUGCGUAAAUGUGUGGAACUAUUGAAAGCACAGUGGACUGAAUUUAGUGGCAUGAAAGAUUAUCACAAGAGAGGAAGCAUGUGCAACAUCCUUUUUUCUGAUGCCAUCCUGGAAUACAAACUUUACGAAGCUCUGAAGUUUAUCAUGCUGUAUCAGGUCACCGAGGUUUAUGAACAAAUGAAGACUAAGAAGGUCAUUCCCAGUCUUUUCCGACUCCUGUUUACUCGGGAAAGCUCAUCCGAUCCUUUGAGCUUCAUGAUGAACCACCUGAACUCUGUAGGCGACACCUGUGGCCUGGAGCAGAUUGAUAUGUUUAUACUUGGAUACUCCCUUGAAGUCAAGAUAAAAGUGUUCAGACUGUUCAAGUUUAACUCCAGAGACUUUGAAGUCUGCUACCCAGAGGAGUCACUCAGGGAGUGGCCGGAGAUCUCCCUGCUGACGGAGAACGACCGCCACUACCACAUUCCUGUCUUUUAAGUCUGGCUGGACUGGGCACCAGCUCUCGCCAGUGACAAGAGUCACACCUGCAAGUAGUGUUUCUCGAAAACCAAAGCUAGCGUUGCUGCCGUUGAAGGAGUCUGGACCUUCCUGUCCGGGAUUUCAGGUACACUGGCCAGAGACCCCGUGGUGGCUGCCCUUUGGCUUCCGUGAUUUCCUUCAGAGCGGCUGCACUAAGGAAUCUGUGGGUUGGUGGUCUGCCCUUGUUCCUAAGGGCUCUGGUCAUUUCAUACAUAACAGGCCUUAAGAACACAAGGAUGUUUAAUUUGAACAGGAAAAAAAAUGAGAAAAAACAAGUAGGGGAAAAGGACAAAAGGGAAAGAAUUUCUUUGAUUUAUAUAGUCUUUAUAUUCUUAAGAAUCUUGUCAUUGACUGAUUUUUGGGAUAUUCAUAAACAUGGUCUUCUUAUAAGCAUUACCUUCCCAGCAGUUUCUAUGGUAUAAAGAUUUUCCAGAACCAUUUGAUUGAUGUUAAUCGUGGGUGUGCAUACACUCAUAUAUAUAUAUACGCAUAUAUAUAAACAUGUACCUAAUCGUGUGUGCGUGUGUGUAUACACUCAUAUAUAUACAUGUACAAUUUUAUAUAAACGUAUCUAAACACAUGCACACACAUAGCCACUACUUUGUAGUGUUGUACAAAAUGUUUUAUAUCUCGUUUUUUGUUACUAUUACAUUUGGCCCCUUUAAUAUGUUUUAAAUAGAUUAAAAAGGUAAAUUCUGUUGAUUAAGGCAAUUGAAUGACAAUUACUGAGCUAUCAAAAAAAUAUUAAACUGGUGUAUUUAAUGUGUAUUUACAUGUGUAUUUAAGGUACAGUAGAUAGAAUCCUGCCCGCCCGCGUGUCUAUAUCCCAAGCCCCAGAACCUGUGAAUAUGUUGGGUUAAAGGGCAAAGGCAAAUAAGGUUGCACGUGGAAUUAUGGUACUAACCUACUGACCUUGAAAGUGGUAGAGUAUGCUGGAUUCUCCAGUGGACCUGGUAUAAUCACAAGAGUCCUUAAAAGUAGAAGCGGGACUUGAGACAGUGCAAGUCAGAAAUGUGAGAUGUGGAAGAGUCAGAGAGGCAACAUUGCAGGCUUUGGUUACGUACAGGAGAUACAGGAAGAAGUUGCUGCAGUUACAGGAAGGAGCCAUAUGCCAAGGAAUGUAUGUAGAAAAGGCAAAGGAAGCUUCUCCCCUGGAGCCUCCAGAAACCAACAUGGCCCUGCCUCGAGACUUUGGUUUUAGCCCGGUGGAACCUGUGUUAGACUCAAAUUUACAGAACAGCAAGGUAAUAAAUGGGUUAAGUCACUAAGUUUGUGAUAAUGUGUUACAGCAACCAGAGACAACUAAUAUACUCAGGACAACUAACUUUUUGGUCAUUUUAUUUUGGAAAUACUGUUCUUGUUCAUUUGGGUAAUCUUUAUUCUGGAAAUACUUUGCUAAUCUGUUUAGAAUUUCAAUAAAUGUGAAAUAACUGAAGAUCUUGGCUAAUAUGCUACUUCAAAGUUACAGAUGCCUUCUGAGAAUGACUUAACAUGUUGGAUGCUCAUGUUUCCUCACAUUUCCACGGUUAAAUAAAAAUGAGGCAUGUUCAGUGCUGUGGUGUAUGAACAUCAUGUUCAGAUCCUUUUGUAAUGGGGAUAGUCACUGCUGUCAUUUUGUUUUCUGGGCCAAGAGUUAGAGAAAAAUGAGCUCAGACCAAGGGGCUUUAUGUUACCUAGACAACCACACAAAGCAGGAGUUCUUAAUUGAUUUCUACAGCCCUUUCCUGCUUGGAGGCAUCUAUGGUUUUGCAUAACCCCUGUCAUUUAAUUGAUAAUGCUGCACGUUACCCCCUGCUGUGUUACUGUGACCAAGACAAAAUGAACUCUCCCCUUGGUGUUCAUGAGCAGCUGUCAGGACAGCCAGCAGCAGUUCUGCCCUGACUGAUCACUUCCAGAACUGCUGCCCAGGACUCCUGGCUCCAGCGGAGCUUCCAGGUAUGUACCUGACAUCUGUAUGUUUCCACUUGCCUUGCACCUCUGUACCUGGUUCAGUGAUUUCCACAUCAGUCCAGGAUUUAAAGGAAGAACUUUUUCACAGGGAGUGUAGCCUGUAACUCUGUGGCAUAUAAACCCAUGACGUUUAUCCUUAACUGUGUGUGUUAGGUGACGGGCAAGGUGGGAAAAGAAUUCUUUAAACAGAGGGCCAAGACCAAAUUGUGAAAGUAUUUCAAUACGAUGAGAAUAAACACUGAAGAGGUCUUUUCAGUAGUGCUGUGUUUGGAGAAAGCAUCAACACAGAAGAUUUUUAAGGGAAUAGGUAUCGGGUGGGUUUGUUUUUAAUUCAGUUGUAUGAUGAAUGUAACAAACUAAUUAGAAGGAACUGCGUAUAAAUUAGCACCGCUUUUAAAUGCCAACAAUGAAUUGGAAGUGAAUUUCCUGUGUGAUGUCAACAUUUAAUGUCUCUCUGUUUAGGUUUCAAAUGAUGACAAGAAUUAUAGCAACAAUGAAAACA